GGUGAUUAGACCGCUGUUCUUUUCAGUUUCUUGCAGUUUAUUGAGUUCCACGUUCGUAGUAAGUACCAAUUAAUAUUUUUCCAAUAUGGAUAGAAAAAAAGAGCAACUAAUUAGUGCGGUUUUCCAAAAACCAGCAUUGUGGGAUGGAAGUAAGAAAGCACAUUAUAACAUAUAUAUUUUGAAAGAGUGUUGGAAUCAAGUCGCAUCUACAUGUGAAAUUACAGUUGCAGAUGCUAGAAAGGCCUGGAAAGUUUUGAGACAACAAUUUAAACUACAGUUUGAGAAGCUUCCACCGCGAAGGUCAGGAGAUCCGGCACCAGAGGAUUACGUUAAAUGGCCAUAUUUCAAAAGUUUGUUGUUUCUGAGAGAUAAUUUUGAGAUACGUCAUGCAACUGAUAGUUCGGAUGACGAUAGUCGAGAGUUUGAGGGUGGAGAUGAUACACAACAUGACACAGAGGAUGUAUCAUCUUCUUCUACACAAACUACUACAUUUGAUGAUACUUCACAAACAUUUGCAAAUGUUUUGACUGUUGAAUUUGUAACUCUCAGAAGUACAACCAAUGAGAAAACAGAUAAUUUGGACUAUCAAGAAAGAAGUGCGCCUACCGACCAAAUAGGGCAAGGUUUGCUAGAGAUAGAAAAGGAAAAAUUAAAAAUGUCAACUUUGAAUAACAAUGAUGAAGAUGCGGUUUUUUUUGCAUCUCUAUUACCACAUGUAAGAAAGUUAUCUCCUGUUGACAAGUUCACUUUUAGAGUUAAGGUUCAAAACAUGAUCAAGGAGAUGGUUUUUGGAGUCAAGAACGGCACAGCAAGCAGUUACGACGUGGAACAUCCAAAUCCUUCAGCGUCAAAUUUUAAUCCAACAGUUCCUGCGAGACAAAACGUAACUUAUGUUGAAGACAGAUCCUCUAUACUGCUGCAAGCUAUUCGAUUAGCUGAAAUCGACAAUGACGAUUCCUUUAUGUGAACACUAUACAACCUUAUUUUUACAGAUUUUUACUUACCUUCAACAUUAUGUACCUAAUACGUUUAUAUCAAUAAAUAGUUGUUAAAAAUAAUACAUUACCUCAGUGUUAUCACCAAUCUUUUUUCAUUGCUAACUGGCUGUUUAUGUUUAUGUAGAUUGGUAUAUACCUACUUUUUAAAUUCUCGAGUCUAUAAUUGUAGAUUGCAUUUGAAGUGGUUGCAGCUUGUUCCAGUGAAUAGAGAUUCUGUGGUAAAGUGGUCACCUCUUGUGGUGUUAGUACUAUUAUUUCCUCUGGUUCCUGAAUUUUGCCCAGUUAACGGAAACCCCAUUUCCGCGAGUUGAGCAAAGAGAAAGAAUAUUAUUAUUCGUUGGAAUGCCUGACUAUUUAGCUCAGUAAAAUACCUCAGGGGUGGGUGGUUUUGGUGAAUUAUGCCUACCUACUCCAAUUAUUAUUUUAUGUCGAGUUAAGGGCGC